UGGACAAGUGUCGCUGUGGCAGGAAGACAAGGACCAUCGAUCGGAGACGCUCUUCCAUAAGGCUGUGUUGCAACCAUGCGCUCAUCAUCUCCACUCGCGCUACUCUUUUUCCUGGUAUUCGCCACCCUGGGGGCAGCAGCUGGGAGCAAUGUUCGCGACCUGACCAAGACCAAGGACUUUGAUGCGACAAUCGGCAAAGGCAAAGGCGCGCUGGUUGAAUUCUUCGCACCUUGGUGCGGACACUGCAAGUCACUCGCGCCAACCUACGAAAAGCUUGCCGACGCAUUUGCAUCCUCGAACGAAGUCGUCAUCGCCAAGGUUGACGCCGACUCGAACAAGGCCUUGGGAAAGCGCUACGGCAUCCAAGGCUUCCCCACGCUCAAGUGGUUCCCGGGCUCUACCUCUGCGCCCGAGUCGGCCGAGGCGUACAGUGGUGGUAGGAGCUUGGAUGAUCUUGCCGCCUUUGUGACGCAAAAGACGGGCGUCAAGAGCAGCAUAAAGCCUCCGCCGCCAUCACCGCCUCCCGCAGCGGUGCAGUUGAAUGCGGACAACUUUGAUCGCAUCGCACUCGACCCGACCAAGGACGUGCUUGUUGAAUUCUAUGCGCCAUGGUGCGGUCACUGCAAGAAUCUGGCGCCAAUCUAUGACAAGGUCGCCAAGGACUUUGAGAAUGAAGAUGAUGUUGUCGUCGCGCAAUUCGACGCAGACCAAGCGAAUCACAAGACCAUCGGGGAAAAGUAUCAGAUCAGUAGUUACCCAACUCUACUCUUUUUCCCGCGCGCCUUGCCUGGCACGACGGACAAGUUCCCCCGUCCAUGCAACGCUGGUCGUACCGAAGAAGCGCUGGUUGAGUACCUCAACUCGAACGCUGGCACCUUCCGCCAGGUAGGCGGUGGGAUGCUGUCGAACCUCGCUGGCCGGUUGCCCGCGCUCGACGCCCUGGCUACCAAGUUUAUGUCCGCUUUGCCCGGGAGCGCGGACCGUGAAGAGGUGCUGAAGCACGCGCAGCAUUGGCGCGAGACGAUGCAGAAGACCGUUGCGGACGGUGGAAAUGUCUCGCACUCACCUGCGAAGGACGAAGCGGCGCGCUACUACCUGCGUGUGUUCGACAAGAUCGCCGAUAGCGCCGAGUAUCUCGAGAAGGAGACAGCGCGGCUUACUUCGCUGCUGAAGAAGCAUGCGGACGGCAAGGCGCAGCUCACCGGCAAGAAAGUUGACGAGAUCACGCGCAAGGUCAACGUGCUCAACGCGUUCGGCGACGACAAACUCGCGGAACGGGUUAAGAAGGCUGAGGCGCGCGCGGCAGAGAAAGCGAAGAACAAAAACGCUGCAGCUGGCAAGAAGCACGAUGACCUCUAGAUGAUAAUAAUCAGACCCGAUGAGAAAGCAAAGUCAAAUAGCAAGAGGCAAGAGGGUCGUCGGUUGCUUGCUGUACUGUUCUAGUGAUGUAUUGAAACAGGAUGGUAAUCAAACCCAUGGCUUCACCGUGCCGAAAAUCGCAUGUAUAAGGCCUGGUUGACUCACUGCGCACUCAUGUUUGACACUUCCAUAUCUUGAAAUGCAUUUCUGUUUGCAU